AUGGAGACAUUAAGCAACACACUCACGAACAUUUUCGUUCUCGCAGCACUUCUGACUGAUUAUCUCGUACUGUUCGACUUCUGGAUCUUGACUCCACCCAGUUCCCCUACGGGACCACCUACACCUCAGCGGAAACGAUGGCUAGCUGGCCUCAAGACCACCGUCUGCUACGCUAUCACACAGCCUCUAUGGUCCUGGGCUGUCGCGGCAUCUUCUGCGGACGGAGUCUUCUGGAUAUUGAUGGCCUCUUACGCAGCUCUUCUGUCUGGUUCGGGAGCACUAGCUAUCUUCAGUGCCGGUGUCGAAUUUAUUGUGAAGGAGCAUAAUGAGAAUUGCUUGAUCCUCCAAGACAACAAAGUCGAAGACAGUACGCCCGGAUCGGUUCCAAAGCUCGAGACGGCUGCUGAGCCUGGUCAGCCAAGGAUCGAGAGUGGCGAAAUUGACAGCUCAGAAGCUGAGAAGGCGACACUGUCUUCACGAGCUCAGCAGCAACGAAAGCCUUGUACUCGACAUACCCUGCCAUCAUCAUACUACCUCGCCAUUUUGCUCCCUACCCUGACAGCGGCAGCCGCGGACAGCGCUCUACUGUUCUUCGCCCGCUUCCUCACAAGCAAGAACAGCAUGGACUGGAUCCAAGAAUCUGCCGUAGGCUGGAAAAUCUUCACGAGCGUUGCGGCUUUCAGCUACGCGGGCUCGAAAGUCAUGAAUUGGAUGGCGGCUUCUUUCGCCAAUCGCGGCCGUACCCCUGGCAGGACUCAAUCCUGGAGGGUCUGGGUCGCAUUUGGGGCAGAGAAAGCUAUGCUGCUCUUGAUACUAUUCAUGCUCAGGAGCACUUUGCGUGUUCUCCUCGGGCAGAAAGUAUUCCUUGGUUUCACUUGGAACGCGAACAAUUUGUCGCUCCGGCUCAUCGGUCCUCUGCUGAAUCAUGGAGACGUUCUACAGCCGGCGGCAACCAAGAAGAUACUUGGUAUCAACUGGUAUGCCUUGCCGCGUUGGACAACAUGGCUGACGAACGGGAUAGUGGCCGUGGGUCAGGUAUGGUGGAUUAUCAGUGGGCCGAUGAGACGAAAUAGAGCAGUACGGGAAGAGAACUUUACGGUCACAGAAGGAUAG